UAUAAAAUCCCAUGAGAUGCAGCCAACGUCGACGCGGCACAAUUCAAAACAAGCGUUCCAAACUAGAGCAGCUCAACUGCGCCAUGCAGGCAAGCAAGAGUUCUCCAGCGAAUCAGAACCACGGACGUAACAUCUCCGUGGACAUGUACCCGUUCAUACGCAAGUACCAGGACGGCAGCAUCGAGCGUUUCCUGCGCAGUCCAUUCGUGCCGGCGUCGUCGGAUCAGGCCCGCAACCGUGGGGUGGCGACGAGGGACGUCGUCGUCGACAAGGCCACCGGCGUGUCUGUGCGCCUGUUCCUCCCGUGCGGUGCCGCCGAGACCGCAGGCAGGAAUCGGCUUCCUCUCGUCAUCUACGUCCAUGGCGGCUCGUUCUGCACGGAAAGCGCUUUCGGCCGGACGUACCACCGCUACGCGACCUCCCUUGCCGCCUCCGCCGGGGCCCUCGUCGUGUCGGUGGAGUACCGUCUGGCGCCGGAGUUCCCCAUACCUGCGGCCUACGACGACGCUUGGGCCGCGCUCCAGUGGGCGGCGUCCUUGUCCGACCCGUGGCUGGCCAGCUACGCCGACCCCGCGCGCACGUUCCUGGCCGGCGACAGCGCCGGCGGCAACAUCGUUUACCACACGGCAGUCCGCGCCAGCCACGAAGUCAACAACGACAUCAUGGACAUCGAGGGGCUGAUCAUGGUGCAGCCUUACUUCUGGGGAGCCAAGCGGCUCCCUUUGGAGCUCGCGUGGGACGACAACGAAGCCACCGUGGCGGUGUUCCCACCGAACGGGGUGGACCGGCUCUGGCCGUUCGUGACGGCCGGCCAGGCCGGCAACGACGACCCCCGGAUCGACCCUCCGGCCUCGGAGAUCUCAUCGCUGGCUUGCCGCCGCGUGCUCAUCGCCGUGGCCGGUAAGGAUAGCCUGCGGGGCCGCGGCCACCGCCUGGCGGCCCGCAUGCGUGAUCUCGACUCGCGUUGGCCUUGGAUGAUCCAGCGGCGCCGCGAGGUGACGGUGGUGGAGUCGGAGGGCGAGGAGCACGGUUUCCACCUCUACAGUCCGCUGAGGGCCACCAGCAAGAGGCUCAUGGGGAGCCUCGUGGAGUUCAUAAACCAGCAGCCCAACUCGUCGCCUGCGAAUCCUAUGGUGCUAGGCGUGCCCACGACGCCGUGCAAGGACGUGUUUGGGUAUGGCAUGGCCAUGAAGGCCUGGUGCACACGGUCCAGUAUGCCACGUAACACUGCUACUUCAUUGAAGAUUGGAAGGGUUGGGCCAUCCAACACAAGAUAUAGGUUAAUCUCAGGUCGACUGCUGAUGACUGCUGGUAACGCUCAUCACAAAGAUCCAUUAUCUGCUGCAGUUCCCUGGACUUGUGUGAUCAACAACUUCUUCUAGAUGACAGCCGGACUGAUAACGCAAAAAUAAAUGGAAAACGCUUAUAUAUAUACAGUUGUCUGGUAGGAAACUUUUAUCAGACGGGUCAUGUGCCGUUGAUGCUCUUCCAAUCUCGUGGCAUAUAUUUCUAACCCAACUGCCCAAAUUAACCUGAUUCAAGAAAAUCUCUCCGCGAUACCUACCUCCGCCACCACCCCACUCCGCGACGUCUACAACUGCUUCAGGUAGCCAGUGCUGCGGUGCAGCGACCCGUCCCUCGUGCGCUGCUCCGCCUCCAAUGCUGCUCUCUCCGAUGACCUCGCGUCCCUCUCGCCGUCUUGCUUCACCAGUAGGACCAUGCCCUACUACCAUCCUCCCCAUCACGCUGGUAAACCGUUUCAGUUUCACAAAGAAGCCUGCCAGCCCGGAACAGCCCGGCUAGUCGCCCUGGUACAACUUAAAUCUGAAGCACUUGAGUUGAUUUGUGUUACUUAUGUUCAUAUCUUGAUUCGGCGAUUUUUCACAGGUGUCAAUAUGCUUUGUCCGUUGUGUACACCAUAUCUUCUACAAAAAUUAGUUAAUUUGGUACACAAAUCUCAAACUAUGCAUCCCGAUCAAUGGUGGUAAUGAUUUCAAAUUUCCAUGCUUCCAUGGAAGACUAGUUC